ACUCGGGAGUUGCCGGGCGCUGGAGACGCUGUGUGUGAAUGCAGCGCAAGGCGGCCACAGGCCGAAGUGAAAAGCAGACAGCUAGCGCAGGUUUCUUAGUAAGUCGCCCACGAUUAUCGGACAGGAGUCUGCGAUUUCGGGUCUUUUUCUGGCCAGUGAAUGUACACAACUGCCUAUUCUUCAUACAGCGCCAUCUCUACCAUUACUGUGCCCACCCUUGGAGGGCAAAAGGCGGAGGCCAGGCUCCCGGUUACCUCAGCAGGCCGCAGUCACCACCACCAGAACUGCCGCCUUCUACUCCUCCUUCUCUCGCAUUUCUCCGCCCCCACACCACCGGGGGCCGGCCUUUGUUUCCGGUGCUCGCUGCCCCUCCCCAGCUUCUAUCUGGAUUUGUGCUAGGCCGACUGGACUGGAUCCUGAGAAAGGAAUCAAGAGCCCCUGAAGGGCAAUCAGCUCUCCAUGCCACAUCUCCACACACGUCAAGACCCACUAAACACUCAAUACCAAACAUUUUCACCCUCUAGUUGUCUAUGUUGAAAAAGCAGCAUUUACACAGAUGAACGAAGAACUGUGGCAGCAGUGCCAGACGAGAUAGUUGGACGGCAGACUGCUCAAGCAGGAUGCCGUCAACCAGUCGAGCUGGAAGCCUGAAGGACCCCGAUAUAGCAGAACUCUUCUUUAGGGAUGAUCCAGAGAAACUCUUCACAGACCUCCGUGAAAUUGGCCAUGGAAGCUUUGGAGCGGUUUAUUUUGCACAUGAUGUGCGGACCAAUGAAGUUGUGGCCAUCAAGAAAAUGUCCUAUAGUGGAAAGCAAUCAAAUGAGAAAUGGCAAGAUAUCAUCAAAGAAGUCAAAUUUCUACAAAGAAUCCAACAUCCUAAUAGUAUAGAAUAUAAAGGCUGCUAUUUGAGGGAGCACACAGCAUGGCUAGUCAUGGAGUAUUGUCUAGGAUCUGCAUCAGAUUUACUAGAAGUACAUAAAAAGCCAUUGCAAGAAAUUGAGAUAGCAGCUAUUACACAUGGGGCACUGCAGGGAUUAGGUUAUUUGCAUUCUCACAACUUGAUACAUAGAGAUAUAAAAGCAGGUAAUAUCCUUCUCACAGAACCAGGCCAAGUGAAACUUGCUGAUUUUGGUUCAGCUUCAAUAGCAUCUCCUGCAAAUUCCUUUGUUGGGACACCAUAUUGGAUGGCCCCUGAAGUUAUCUUAGCAAUGGAUGAAGGGCAGUAUGAUGGAAAAGUGGAUGUGUGGUCUCUUGGUAUAACCUGUAUAGAAUUGGCUGAAAGGAAACCUCCAUUGUUUAAUAUGAAUGCAAUGAGUGCCUUAUAUCACAUAGCGCAGAAUGACUCCCCCUCACUUCAGUCUAAUGAAUGGUCUGACUACUUCCGGAACUUUGUAGAUUCGUGUCUCCAGAAAAUUCCUCAAGACAGACCAACAUCAGAUGAGUUGCUAAAGCACAUGUUUGUUAUGCGUGAAAGACCUGAAACAGUGUUAAUUGACCUGAUACAAAGGACAAAAGAUGCAGUCAGAGAGCUGGAUAAUCUGCAAUACCGUAAAAUGAAGAAGCUGCUUUUUCAAGAAGCUCACAAUGGUCCUGCUGUGGAAACACAAGAGGAGGAAGAGGAUCAAGAACCUGGAGUCGGCAGGACCGGAACAGUAAAUAGCAUAGGUAGUAACCAAUCCAUUCCCAGCAUGUCUAUCAGUGCCAGUAGCCAAAGCAGUAGUGUGAAUAGUCUUCCGGAUGCCUCUGAUGACAAGAGUGAGCUGGAUAUGAUGGAAGGAGACCAUACAGUGAUGUCAAAUAGCUCAGUCAUUCAUUUAAAACCAGAGGAAGACAACUAUCCAGAGGAACCAGAACCUAAAGUGCGGCCAUCAGAACCACAGUCUCCUCCCCAGGUUUCACGUCACAAAUCUCACUAUCGCAACCGUGAACACUUUGCCACCAUACGCACAGCCUCACUUGUGACAAGACAGAUACAGGAGCAUGAGCAAGACUCAGAGCUACGUGAACAGAUGUCUGGUUACAAACGUAUGAGACGCCAACAUCAGAAACAGCUUAUGGCACUGGAGAACAAGCUUAAGGCAGAGAUGGAUGAGCAUCGCCUUCGACUAGAUAAAGAUCUGGAAACGCAACGUAAUAACUUUGCUGCUGAAAUGGAGAAACUGAUUAAAAAACACCAGGCAGCUAUGGAGAAAGAGUUGAAGCUGAUGGCCAAUGAAGAGAAGAAAUUCCAGCAGCAUAUUCAGGCACAGCAGAAAAAAGAAUUAAACAGCUUCUUGGAAUCACAAAAACGAGAAUAUAAACUACGCAAAGAACAGCUAAAAGAGGAGCUAAAUGAAAACCAGAGUACCCCAAAGAAAGAGAAGCAAGAAUGGCUUUCCAAACAGAAGGAAAAUUUCCAGCAUUACCAGGCUGAAGAAGAAGCCAAUCUUCUACGGCGUCAAAGGCAAUACCUAGAGUUAGAAUGCCGCCGCUUCAAGAGACGGAUGCUGCUUGGUAGACACAAUCUUGAGCAGGACCUGGUCAGAGAGGAGCUAAAUAAAAGGCAAACACAGAAGGACCUGGAGCAUGCAAUGCUUCUCCGCCAGCAUGAGUCCAUGCAGGAGUUAGAGUUCCGCCAUCUCAACACCAUACAAAGAAUGCGUUGUGAGUUAAUAAAGCUGCAACACCAAACAGAGCUCACAAACCAGCUGGAAUAUAACAAGAGACGGGAGCGGGAAUUAAGACGCAAGCAUGUGAUGGAGGUCCGGCAGCAGCCAAAGAGUCUCAAGUCUAAAGAGUUACAGAUAAAGAAGCAGUUCCAGGAUACAUGCAAGAUACAAACCCGACAGUAUAAAGCUCUGAGAAAUCACCUCUUGGAAACCACACCAAAGAAUGAACACAAAGCAGUGUUGAAACGACUAAAGGAGGAACAGACACGCAAAUUGGCAAUUUUAGCAGAACAAUAUGACCAUAGCAUUAAUGAGAUGCUAUCAACACAAGCGCUGCGUCUGGAUGAGGCACAGGAGGCAGAGUGCCAGGUUUUGAAAAUGCAGUUGCAGCAGGAGCUGGAGCUACUAAACGCCUAUCAAAGCAAAAUUAAGAUGCAGGCAGACGCCCAACAUGAGCGGGAGUUACGUGAACUGGAACAGAGGGUCUCCCUGCGCAGGGCCCUUCUUGAGCAGAAGAUUGAAGAAGAGAUGUUGGCUUUACAGAAUGAGCGCACUGAGCGUAUAAGAAGCUUACUGGAGCGCCAAGCACGGGAGAUUGAAGCAUUUGAUUCGGAAAGCAUGAGACUAGGUUUUAGCAACAUGAUACUUUCUAAUCUCUCCCCCGAGGCGUUCAGCCACAGCUACCCGGGAGCUUCUGGCUGGUCCCACAAUCCCACUGGAGGCCCUGGACCUCAUUGGGGUCACCCCAUGGGAGGCCCACCUCAAUCCUGGGGACACCCAAUGCAAGGUGGACCUCAACCAUGGGGUCAUCCCUCAGGGUCCGUACAGGGUGUCCCUCGUGGUAGUACGAUGGGGGUCCGCAAUAGCCCCCAGGCUCUGAGGCGGACAGCUUCUGGGGGACGGACAGAGCAGGGAAUGAGCAGGAGCACAAGUGUUACUUCACAAAUAUCCAAUGGUUCACACAUGUCUUACACAUAACUGCAAAGAGAACCCACUGGCCAUUCCUCUGGAUCUUUCAACACAAACUGCCUACAGAUGUCCUCACAGCAGCUUUCUUAUUGGUACUGAAGAGCUGCAGAAAUAAGGCUUCCUACACAUGCUGUAUUUUAAUCAGUUUGUACAGGGUUACAUUGCUGUGUGUUGUAUGACGUAUGAUUGCAUUGGCUGCUGGAAUUAUAUCUGGGGCGAAAUGGGAGGGACAAGGGUUGUAAAGCAUGUAGUUUGUGCUGAGAUUGGCUGUAUUGAUAUUAACAAAUUUUUCUUCAAACACUUAGAGCAGAAAGUGGUACGUUUUCUAUUUCCAACAAUUCACUGCAAUAGGGUUUGUGAUUUCUCAUCAUAAAGUGAAAAAUAAAAGCCCAGGUUAUGUGCAAAUGACAGCCUAUCUGCAUGUCAAAUCUUUAGUCCAGGUGUGUUGUCAUAAUGCAGUGUCAAACAGAUUUGACAGUUACACUUCUCAGUAAUGUUUGUUUAAAUGUAACUAAGCCAAAAUCAAGGUUAGAUGUUCUUAUAACCAGAUGAAGAGCAAAUGCCUGAGGAUUUCUUUAGAUUUUUUUUUUUUAAUGGGCAUUCUAUUGUAAAAAUGAAAUGCUGUAUUUGUCUUGAACAUUUUUGUUUUAUCAAAGUACUUCCUUUACCUUGUCUAUCUACUAUAAUUACCAACUUCAUUUUUUAUCUGGAGCAACACAGCAAUUUUGCAGGAAAUAAAAACACACAGUAAAAGAAGAUACAUUUUUCUAGCAUAAUAGAGCUUUUUUUAUACUGUAAUGUCCCUUUAAUCGCCUAUUUAGUUGUUAUAACAAAGUAUAACAACAUCUUAUCUCAUUCAAAGACACUUACUGCAAAAUACAGAAUUUCUUUUCCUUGUACAGUAGCUUUACAAGCAGUAUUGUGUCUUUGAAGACCGUUUUUUCAUAUAUUUUAAGAAUCCACUGAAUGUCCAAGUUAACUGUUGUAGUUUGGUGCCCAUUAUCACACAGGCUUUAGCACUUGUUAAUGUGCUUCCACAGCAUAAUGGCUCAUGGUAUUUGAGGUAUAAUUUAGUGCACUUUACUUUGUGCUUAGAUACAUUUAAAUGACCUGAUGAGAAGCCGUGACUUUAAAAACACGUAUUCUACAUUGUAGGGCUGCUGAGCUUUCGGGUGACAUUUAUUUGCUGUAUUUCCUUAAGGGAAAUAUAUUUUUGCAAAUCGUUACUUAUAUUCCACUUUCCCUUUUUCUAUACUUUGCAUACAAUAUUUUACACAUUUUCUGGUAUUUACAUAAGACUCACAAUCUACAGGAAAAAAUAAUAGGUUACUUUAAUCACUGGACAGUAUGUUUUUUCUCAGCCCAAAUUAACUCUUAAUUGUGCCACAAUAUUAUAUUUACAUUAUAAGCCAUUAGCUCUAUUGUACCUGCUGCUUAUGCGUGUACAUUGCCUCUUUAAAACUGUAAAAUGUACAUCCUAUUUUUUCCUUUCCAUUAAACCAUUAUUGUCAUUUGGGUAAAGCACAUCUGACACAAAGCAUUAGUAAGAUGGCUAUAUCCAUGUAUGUCUGUAAACAAAUGUCUGCUGACAAGUUUUAGUGAAGAAAGCAGGUUAGAUGUUUUUACUCAUUUUAGUUGUUUUGUUACUGAAAAUAUUUGGCAGAGGUGUUUGCUCUGACCAACUUAAGAAGCUAACAAUUUCAGAUGGACAAGUUAGAAAGUGAAAAUGUGUUAAGGAAUAGAAGCUAUGCUGAGCUGGGCUAUAAUAAUGUCAGAUGCGUUAACAAAUAGUUUAAAGCAGCACUACUUUUCAGUUGAACAAAUACUACUUCAAUUAAAUAGUAAUCUUUGAAGAUUAAAUGGUUGUUAAAUUCAAAACUAAGAACAUCUCCCCUUGUUUGUGUUCAGAGACACAGUAUGGAAAAAAUAUAUACUGCAAGAGUUUUAAAACAAAAAAAUGUAAUAUAUUAAAAUACCGCUUUAAUGUGGCAUAUAUAAAAAAAUGUUUAUUAUCCAUUUAAUGAAAACUUCUUACAUUACAGUCAUAAUAUAAUGUACCAUUUAAA